UGUUCCCCUCCUCUCCCCUCCCUUCUGGAGCGCUGGGUUUUGGCAGCAGAUCAAAGUGCUCCCCCCUGUGGCAGCAGUGACCCAGAAACGAGUUUGAUUCACCGAGUCCUUCCUCCAUAACAAGUAAAUAACGUCAGUCAUAGAGUGCAUGUGUGUGUGAGAGAGGAGCCACAAUCCGCUGCCGCUGGGCUGGACCUUCUCUACACAUCACCCGCUGGAGCGCAGUGUGGGGGGGACACGGAGCCGCACCACCCCCCGGGCAGGUCGCCUGUUGUAUCCCUGUGCCGACCAUGAAACGUACACGACUACCGAGCAGCAGUGACGAUUCUGACGGCAAUGCCAGCCUGUCCACAUCUUGGUCUCAGCAGACAAGGUCUCGACUUGGCAGAAUCUCAAGACAUGAAGAUCAGAAGGCCUCUGAGGUGUUCCGAACAGACCUGAUCACGGCCAUGAAACUGCACGACUCCAACCAGCUGAACCCAGAGGACUAUUAUGUGCUGGCUGAUCCGUGGCGGCAGGAUUGGGAGAAGGGGGUGCAAGUGCCUGUGAACCCAGAGUUUGUCCCAGAGCCUGUUGCCAGGGCUAUUGCCGAGAAAGAAAAGGUGGUCACUUACACUAGACCUCGAAAGUACAUCCAUUCGUCCGGGUCCGAUCCUCCUGAGCUGGGAUACGUUGAUAUCCACACUUUAGCAGAUGGUGUGUGUCGCUAUGACCUAAAUGAGAUGGAUGUUGCUUGGCUGGAGAUGAUUAAUGAAGAAUUCAACGACAUGGGUAUGCCACAACUGGAUGAAUACAUCAUGGAGCGCAUGAUGGAGGAGUUUGAACAGAGAUGCUAUGACAAUAUGAACCAUGCCAUUGAGACAGAGGAAGGCCUCGGAAUAGAAUAUGAUGAGGAUGUUGUAUGCGAUGUUUGCCAGUCCCCAGAUGGAGAGGAUGGCAAUGAAAUGGUCUUCUGUGAUAAAUGUAACAUCUGUGUUCAUCAGGCCUGUUAUGGCAUAUUGAAAGUGCCAGAAGGAAGUUGGCUGUGCCGGACCUGUGCCUUGGGGGUACAGCCAAAAUGCUUAUUGUGCCCUAAGAAAGAAGGUGCCAUGAAGCCCACACGGAGCGGCACUAAGUGGGUCCAUGUCAGCUGUGCUCUGUGGAUCCCUGAGGUGAGCAUUGGGAGUCCAGAGAAGAUGGAGCCCAUUACAAAGGUAUCUCACAUACCUAGCAGUCGCUGGGCUCUCCUCUGCAACUUGUGCAGUGAGAAGUUUGGGGCCUGUAUACAGUGCUCUAUUAAAAAUUGUCGAACUGCUUUUCAUGUCACGUGCGCUUUUGAUCAUGGCCUGGAGAUGAAGACAAUCCUGACAGAAGAAGACGAAGUGAAAUUUAAAUCUUAUUGCCCAAAGCAUAGCGGAAGCAAAAAAACAGAGGAUGGCAAAAUCAUUGAAAACACCAGUGAUUUCUUUGGAGCAGCCAAGGCUUCUUCAGAUUGUUUGGACGAUUUACAAGGUCUUGUUGCCUGCCAACAGGAGGCCAAGCAUGGGAGCCAGCGUAAACUGAAACUCCAGCAGCUUGAGGACGACUUCUAUACAUUUGUCAAUGUACAGGACGUGAGUCAGGCCAUGCAGAUCCCAUAUGAUGUCACUGACUUUGUAUACCAGUACUGGAAACUGAAGAGGAAAGCCAACCUUAACAAACCACUUAUAACUCCUAAGAAGGAUGAGGAAGACAACUUGGCCAAGCGGGAACAAGACUUUUUGAUUCGUCGUUUGCAACUGUUUACUCACCUGCGGCAGGAUCUAGAAAGGGUACGGAACCUCACAUACAUGGUGACUAGAAGGGAGAAGAUGAAGCGCUCUGUUUGCAAAGUUCAGGAGCAAAUUUUUAAUCUUUACACAAAGCUCAUGGAUCAGGACAGAAGCAGUGCCGGUGCCUUUUCAGAAAGCGACCUUCUCUUUAACACCCAGCCAUCUGGGCCAGAUGCUCCAAAAAUUGAGGAUUUGAAAUGGCAUUCUGCUUUCUUCAGGAAACAGCUUGGUUCUUCUUUGGGGCGAUCCAUGAAAGUAUCCCACAAAAAGAGCAGAGACAGAGAGAGGUCAUUGAGCAGCAUGAAAUCACAGUACUCUCAUUCGACUUACAGUGAUAAAAAGAGGGAUACGAUACCCAUGGAGUCUACAUUAUCUGCGGAGAAGGCCAUUGCCAAGGUGUCACCAGUCCAGCAGAAAAAUGGGGCCAGUAUGCCAGAACACAGAAAGAGACGAGACAGCCGCCCUCGGUGUGAUAUUAUAAAAGCAGAGCUAAAGGAGAAGCCCUAUAGGCAGCAGCACAAGACUCCACGGACAGGAGAGCCAGUGGAUAAACAGGUUGAGAACAAGAGAGCCCUAAGCCACUGUAGUAGUAAGACAACUGCCAUAGCCACGAAAAAGACCUCCGCUGGGAACAGCUUGUCUAAGUACAGUGGCUCCAUAAUCAAAAUACAUUGUAACCAGACUUCAGUAAAAGUGCCUACAAGCCCUGUGAAAAACUGGGGGGGAUUCCGAAUUCCAAAGAAAGGAGAAAGGCAGCCACAAAAAGCCGGAACUUGUCAAUCAAACACAAACUGCCAAUAUAUAGGCCUUGUCACGCCAAAUGAUAGGACAAAAGAUAAACUAAAGCUAGUCAGUGACAAUGAUGGCUACACCCCCGAUGCAGAGAUGAGCGACUCUGAAACAGAAUCGGCAGAGAAGUGUUCACUACGAAGGCUGUCAUCCAGCAACAACAUGAGCAGAGGGUACGAGACAGACAUUAUUAGGAGAAGCAUCCUAGCCUCUUAACUGGAAACCUUUCUAUAUACUCCAGGACAGACUGCUUCUAUACAGGAGACUAAAAAAGACUUAAACUGGUCAAUAGUCCACUCUUCCUGUACUUACUCCAGUGUGUUUACUUGCACUUGAAAUCCAGGACUUUCUUCCUACCCACAAUAUUUUCUUCCCUAUUCCUCUGAAAUGCAUCUGCUUAUGUUGGACAUAAGAGUGUGUCUAUGGGGCAGGUUUACAAGUUUGAGGGUAGGUGGCACUGGAUGUGCUUUCAUUUGUCCAUUUGGAAGCACAAUGAAGUCAUUUUGGAGUAAUACACAGUUUGGUUUUGGGUACACCAACUUGCACUUGUGGCCCGUUACAUUUCCUUGCACUUCUUUUUGAUAUGCAGGCAUGGUCUUAAGUAUCUUUUCAUUUGCCUGUUACACUGUUAUGUUAGCACAAUGGCCAAUUGGUACUUGGUGGCGUGGAAUCAAUAAUAUAAUGACCUAUAAAGAUGCUCCGGUUCACCACCUGGUGGGUGUGUGAGAUGCAAUAUGCACUUGAAAUUAUUUUGGAAGUUUGGGGUACUGGAAUAAAAGGGAGCACCCCUUUCCUCAAAAUAAAACUGCACUGUACACACAUGUUAAUGAGCUGUCCAUACUUCUUUGCCCUGCCGCAUGUCUGAGUCUCAUACUGUUCAUGUAGAAGGAGACUUCCAAGGCUACUAGGGCACUUGUGUGCCAUGUUUUAUUUGCAAGAUAAUCUCUUGGUUUGAUACAUGUCUAAGCAUUGAAAAUGCAACCAAGACAUAACGAUCCAGCUACACUAAACUGGCAUGGUGGGCAGACUAUUCAGAAAAGCUCAUGCCUGAGAAACCAGCUACACCCAGAUAUUAUAUGUCUUGUGGUGUCAGAUUGCUCUGAAUAUGGUUGCACGUGCAAAACUAAUGCUGUCUUCUAGAAAAUACUGACAGUGAUGCUCCUGUAUAUAGCUAUACAUGGAACAUUACAGCUGGGGACUUGUGAAUAUGCAUUCCGCUCCCACUUUUGGGGUAUUCACUACGACAUAACUUGUUCCGUUCUGUCGGGGGUAUUGAAUGCAGACAAUAAUAACUGACCUCCUUUCAUUCCCAGGGGAUGAAGGAUUUAUACAAGACAUAGAUGCUGGUUUCCAUAACUGUGCAUAUGAAUCCAUCACUGGUGUGCCUGCUUCCAGUAGAGGGAGCAUAUAUGUAAUGAGAAUAAAGUGUCCAAAGGAGCUGCUUAAUCCAGUCAGAUUAGAUAAAAUGAAAAACACUGCGCUUACUUGCCUGCAUUAUUUAGCUUUGAUGAGUAAUGUCUGCAGAGUCUUUUAGCUGGAAAGGUUUAUCAGAAAGAAUCCUUAGAUAGACAAAAGAAAGCCAUCUCUCGUUUCAAAGUUCCUUUCUUUGGAAUAUCGGAUAUCCUCUAUCAAGUUCUUUUUUAAAUUUUGUUUAGCGAUUUCUGUUCAAGUCUGGUUAAAUUAAAGGGGUAUUCCCAUCACAGACAAUGUGGCAUAUCGCUAGGAUAUGCCCC